GCAGCGCUGUGAGGACGGAACGGGGCAGCGACCGCGGCCGAGGGCAGGAGCGAGGGAGGCCGGGCGGGGGUCGCUGACUCGGGCCCCGGGCCGCCAGAUUAACACUAAAGCCCCACAAUGUCCUUGAAACCACGAGUAGUUGACUUUGAUGAAACAUGGAACAAACUUCUAACAACGAUUAAAGCUGUGGUGAUGUUGGAUUAUGUUGAAAGAGCAACGUGGAACGAUCGCUUCUCAGACAUUUAUGCUUUGUGUGUGGCCUAUCCUGAACCUCUUGGAGAGAGACUUUAUACUGAGACUAAAAUUUUUUUGGAGAAUCAUGUACGCCAUUUGCACAAGAGAGUUCUGGAAGCUGAAGAACAAGUACUGGUUAUGUAUCACAGAUACUGGGAAGAGUAUAGCAAAGGGGCAGACUAUAUGGACUGUUUAUACAGGUACCUCAACACACAGUUUAUUAAGAAGAACAAAUUGACUGAAGCUGAUCUUCAGUAUGGUUAUGGAGGGGUGGAUAUGAAUGAACCUUUGAUGGAAAUUGGAGAGCUAGCUCUUGAUAUGUGGAGAAAAUUAAUGAUUGAGCCACUGCAGGCCAUCCUUAUUCGGAUGCUCCUCCGAGAAAUAAAAAAUGAUCGCUGUGGAGAAGACCCAAACCAGAAAGUAAUCCAUGGGGUUAUUAACUCCUUUGUUCAUGUUGAACAGUAUAAGAAAAAAUUCCCCCUAAAGUUUUAUCAGGAAAUUUUUGAGUGUCCUUUUCUGAAUGAAACAGGGGAGUAUUAUAAACAAGAAGCUUCGAACUUAUUGCAAGAGUCAAAUUGCUCGCAGUACAUGGAGAAGGUUUUAGGUAGAUUAAAAGAUGAAGAAAUGCGGUGUCGGAAGUACUUGAAUCCCAGCUCAUAUGGCAAGGUGACUCAUGAGUGCCAGCAGAGGAUGGUAGCUGAUCACUUGCAGUUUCUACAUGCAGAAUGUCACAAUAUUAUCAGACAAGAGAAGAGAAAUGACAUGGCAAAUAUGUAUACUCUGCUCCGUGCUGUGUCCAGUGGUUUACCUCAUAUGAUUCAGGAACUACAAAACCAUAUCCAUGAUGAGGGCCUUAGAGCAACCAGCAAUCUUUCUCAGGAAAAUAUGCCAACUCAGUUUGUGGAGUCAGUUUUGGAAGUACAUAGUAAAUUUGUUCAACUAAUCAACACUGUUUUGAAUGGUGAUCAACACUUUAUGAGUGCCCUUGACAAGGCUUUGACAUCAGUAGUUAACUAUCGGGAGCCCAAGUCGAUCUGCAAAGCACCUGAGUUGCUGGCCAAAUACUGUGACAACUUGUUAAAGAAAUCAGCAAAAGGAAUGACAGAGAAUGAAGUAGAAGACAAGCUUACGAGUUUCAUUACUGUUUUCAAAUACAUUGAUGACAAAGAUGUAUUCCAAAAGUUCUAUGCCAGAAUGUUGGCAAAAAGAUUAAUUCAUGGUUUGUCUAUGUCUAUGGAUUCUGAAGAAGCGAUGAUAAACAAACUAAAGCAAGCCUGUGGUUAUGAAUUUACCAGCAAGCUCCAUCGAAUGUAUACAGACAUGAGUGUUAGUGCUGAUCUCAACAACAAAUUCAACAACUUUAUCAAAAACCAGGACACAAUCAUUGAUUUGGGAAUUAGUUUUCAGAUAUAUGUUCUACAGGCUGGUGCAUGGCCUCUAACUCAGGCUCCUUCUUCUACAUUUGCAAUUCCUCAGGAACUGGAAAAAAGUGUACAGAUGUUUGAAUUAUUUUACAGUCAGCAUUUUAGUGGAAGGAAGCUUACUUGGUUACAUUAUCUUUGUACAGGUGAAGUAAAAAUGAAUUAUUUGUGCAAACCUUAUGUAGCCAUGGUCACAACAUACCAAAUGGCAGUGUUGCUUGCCUUCAACAACAGUGAGACUGUCACUUACAAGGAGCUUCAGGACAGUACACAAAUGAAUGAGAAGGAGCUGACAAAAACCAUCAAAUCUUUGCUUGAUGUCAAAAUGAUCAACCAUGACUCAGACAAGGAAGAUAUAGAGACAGAGUCUACAUUUUCAUUAAAUAUGAACUUCAGCAGUAAACGAACAAAGUUUAAAAUUACCACAUCAAUGCAGAAAGACACACCACAGGAGAUGGAGCAGACCCGAAGUGCUGUGGAUGAAGACAGGAAAAUGUAUCUCCAAGCUGCUAUAGUCCGUAUCAUGAAGGCACGGAAAGUGCUGCGACAUAAUGCUCUUAUUCAGGAGGUAAUUAGCCAAUCAAGAGCUAGGUUUAACCCAAGUAUCAGCAUGAUUAAGAAGUGUAUUGAAGUCCUGAUAGACAAACAGUACAUAGAGCGAAGCCAGGCCUCUGCAGACGAGUACAGUUAUGUAGCAUGAUGUGCUGUCCUGCAGGUAUGAUUGUAAGGAGAUCAUUGCUGUCACUGUUUGGUGUGUUCCUGUGGGAAGAGGCAGGCCUGUGCCUCCAUAAUUGGUCACUUGGCAGCCCCUGUUUUUCUGCUGUUUACAACAUCACCAGUGCCAUGUCAUGAGCGUCAAUGAAAAUGCCUAUAGAUAUUUCAAGCUCAUGUCAUUAUGACAUUUCUUAAAACUUUACUAAAAGAAUGAGUGAAGUAUUGCUGAAAUGUGGAGAAUUGGUUGGGUACCAUGCUUUUUUUUUUCCCCCUCCCCUUUCACGUUUGCAGUUGAUGUUUUUUAAUGUAUCUUAAGACAAAGUAAAAAAAAAAAUCACACAAAAAACCUAAAUAUUGUAAUAUGACAGAUAACCUAAUAAUUGUAUCUACAUUAAAAUGUAAAAAAAAUGACGAACAUGAUACUGCUGCUUGUCAAAUAAAAAAAAUAAAGUUAUAUAAUGUGUCUGGAAUGAUUGUAGAGCUGGAUAUAGCAUUAAUGUCUGUAAAUAUUAUUCAGGCCUGAAGAGUAGAAAUAAUGUUACGUGUUUGGGUUUUGGAUAACCUCAGAAGUAGGUCUGACAUAACAACUAAUUUAUAUGAAACUGAAUACCAGGUAUGUCAUGUUUGAUGUGAUUAUAAAAAAUAUUUAUGGUUAAGUGCACAUCUUGUUUUCUUGAGAUUAGCCUCAUUUACAUUCUCGGUGCCUGAAGGCCUCUGCUGUGUCUGUUAAUCCCACACUGUAGGAAUAUGUUACAAGGGAAAAUAAACUGAUGUUUGAGGGGAUUUAAAUGGUGUAGUUCACAAACACUUUGGAAUAGUUAUCAUGAACAUCAAAGAUAGAAUUCAGUGGCUUGGGAAAGCAUAAAGCAGGCUGGUAACUGAAAAAUGUUUUUUCUCUAAUGUAUUGGGUAGAAACACUACAUGGAUGGGUGUCUAUGUUUGUUUCCACAAACUCAUACUGCUUGUUUCUUGUUUUCCCUCCUGACUCCUAUGGUUGUUUUAAUCAUGUUUUGUUUUCCUCUGCCCCAAUUAGAUUUCCAGCUGUUAGGGUGAGACACAUCCACAGGCUAUUUCAUGUCUUGUGUUGUUCACCAGGGUUGGCAUGGUAACUGUUCACUCUUAAACAAGCAAACUAUAAUUUAAAAGUACAAACUCUAGCACUGGAAGUGAAUGGAAUUUAAGAGCACUGAGAGUUUGAACACACUGAAUGCCUGCUGCAGAAGAGUUUCCUCAUGGCUAUGCCUGCAAUUAUGAUUGACAGGAUAAAUAUUAAGUUUAAAUGUUCUAUUUUUGCCAGAUUUAUUUGCGUGCAUAUAAAAAUACCUAUGUAGAUAUAUACUAUUUGAAGUAUUUUUUUAGAUUGUGUAAUAUCACCUACUAAAAAUCCACACAUCAAGAAGUAAUUAUAAAGAAAAGCAAACCUUUGGAGGGAGCUUUUUACUCUUUUUUUCUUUUUCUAGUUCUUCACUGUAUGAAAGGCUUCUCUCCAGCUCUUAGAUUGUUGCUGUCUCUUACUUCUUAAAUGGUAAUGCAUUCACAAACUAUCUAGAGGGUAUAGGAAACUUUCUGUGGUUAACUAGGAAAUGCAUCAAGAAGUGGUGCUAUGUUUUUCUGAUGUGGAUUUUGCUAAGGAUGAAUAAAGGGCAAUAAACAAUAAAGUGCAAUAAACAUUCCUUCCAUAUUGAUGGUGUUUUAUCCCACUAUGCUAAGAUCUAAAUUUUUAUGUGGAUUUGUCUUCAAGAAGUGAGGUUUUUUAACUAACUGUAAUAUGGUGCUGUAGAUCAUUGUCUAAAGUGUUAGUUUCGAGUUGUCUCUGUGUGGUGGGACACAGCAGAGGUGCUUAGACUGUCACCAGCUGUAGUAAACAGGAGAUACAAAAUGAGCACAGAUUUUGACUGGAGUGACUUCUAAUCUAUUGCAGUGUGGAGCAUUUCUGUGCUUUAUAAAAGAAAUUAUUCAUUACAUCUAAAGACAAAAAAAUAGGGGCAAUAUUCUAUUACAUAACACACAAAAAAGGGAAAAUUUAUUUCAUGAAUGCUGAAUUAGCACAUCCUUUUUCCAGAAAACAAACUAACACUGAUGCCAAAGUUUCUGGAAACAAAUGUGGUUUAUCUUGUAACUUGUAUUUGAGUCAGCACAUUUUAAGCUUGUUCAUAAAAGAGUUAAUAAAAGCUUUAUUUAAAUGUAGAUUCCAGUAGCAAAAUUUUAAGGCUGAAUUUGAAGAAGUUUUGAGCAAUUUAUUUUCAGAAUAAUUUCACAGGCAACACAAGAACUUCCCUGCUCUAGCCCAAACGUGCAAGGUUUUAACAUUACCUUAUCUCUCAAUUUUUGCAUACCUAAACCAUCAUUUUGGGUUUUAGGUAAGCAUGCUGCUGAGUUGAGACAUGUUUAGUGAGUUAAAAACAUUCAUCUAUUUCAGUGCAGUUGGCAUCCCCAGAUGAUGUCUUUCAUAAUUACACACAAACUCAGUCUUUUCAGUGGCUCUUAGGAAAUGUUGUUUUAGCUGGGAAACAUUUUGAAUUCUACUUUAUAACUCACACCUUCCCCCUCAGGAAAAAAGUAGUGCAAAUCCAGACCCCUGUAGCUGGGUUAUGUCACUGAAAUCAUUGCUGGCACACAGGGAUGCAGUUUAUAGUUGGAGCUUCAGCCUGGCAUCCAAUACCUUUGGCAAGUGUAGGUUCAAAAUAUUAAGUGCUAAUGGGUAUUAACAGGAGGGGCAAAUUGUAAGAAAGAGAAGACAGCAAAAAAUGCCAUACAGUUUUAAUUU